GCGUAAGACCAAGUGAAGGUGUGGUCAUUUGGAACAGCAUCAUGCUAAAGUUAAGUUCGCUCAGCUCUGUUCUCACGGAUACUCCUGUUUUUAGUUAAAGUGAGAAGUCUUCCAUUCAUGCUCAUGUCAAUCAUGCAAACAGAAGGCUGCGCUACGCCGCGUCUUUGCUCCCCUCGGAUCUGAUUCAUUUGGGGUUUCCGAUUGUCCCUUUUACGCACGAAGACACCACAAGCACGGAGUUCCGGCGUGAUUGCUUUAUGCCCAGUCUGGCUGUUUGAUCUCCUUGGGCACAUAUCUCCCGUCUCAUCGAUGCGCUCUCCAUAUCAAUUGGCUCUUCUGCAUGGAUAAAACACGACCGGCCUUCUUCAUCUUGAAUAAUUCUGGAGAAGACGCGUAAAAGCUUCGCAGUCCAGCCAUGGCCAUGGUGGUGAGCGUGUGGAGAGAUCCGCAGGAGGAACUGGCACCGGCGGGAUCUCUGGAUGAUCAGAGCGGACCGGGGAGAGACCACCAUCAUCACCACCGCCUGAGCGCAGCCGCGCACUCUCCAAACACCGGACUGCCUUCCGCGGAGGAUAAAGGACAGAACUCGGCGCAGAAUCAGCAGCACAUUGAGUGCGUGGUUUGCGGGGAUAAAUCCAGCGGGAAGCACUACGGACAGUUCACCUGUGAGGGAUGCAAAAGUUUCUUCAAACGGAGCGUUCGGCGGAACUUAACGUACACGUGCCGUGCCAACAGAAGCUGUCCGGUGGACCAGCACCACAGGAACCAGUGCCAGUACUGCCGGCUAAAGAAAUGCCUGAAAGUGGGCAUGAGACGCGAAGCGGUUCAGCGAGGAAGAAUGCCGCCGAACCAGCCGAACCCGAGCCAUUACGCGCUGACCAAUGGAGAUCCGCUGAAUGGCCAAUGCUAUCUAUCCGGAUACAUAUCCCUCCUGCUUCGGGCCGAGCCAUAUCCAGCGUCCAGAUACGGCAACCAGUGCAUGCAGUCGGGUAACAUCAUGGGCAUUGAGAACAUCUGCGAGCUGGCGGCCCGUUUGCUCUUCAGUGCGGUGGAAUGGGCCAGGAACAUCCCUUUCUUUCCCGAUCUCCAAAUCACGGAUCAGGUGUCUCUCCUCAGACUCACCUGGAGUGAACUUUUCGUGCUGAACGCUGCGCAGUGCUCCAUGCCUCUCCACGUGGCUCCUCUCCUCGCCGCCGCUGGGCUUCACGCGUCCCCGAUGUCCGCGGACCGAGUCGUGGCCUUCAUGGAUCAUAUCCGAUUCUUCCAGGAGCAGGUGGAGAAACUGAAGGCCCUGCAGGUGGACUCCGCCGAAUACAGCUGUGCCAAAGCAAUAGUGCUGUUCACAUCAGAUGCAUGCGGCCUUUCAGACGUACCGCACAUAGAAGGUCUUCAGGAGAAAUCUCAGUGUGCUCUGGAGGAGUAUGUGAGGAGUCAGUACCCGAACCAGCCCACACGCUUCGGCAAGCUGCUGCUGAGACUCCCCGCGCUCCGAAUGGUCUCCUCCUCCGUCAUAGAACAGCUUUUCUUCGUUCGACUGGUGGGUAAAACGCCCAUUGAGACGCUCAUCAGGGAUAUGCUGCUAUCUGGGAGCAGUUUCAACUGGCCCUACAUGUCCAUUCAGUGAAAGGAAGAUGAAGAUGCGGACAUUUGGUGAGCAUUUACAGAUACGAAAAACUAUCAGUCACGGAUGAUGCAGAAACUCUCUCCUAAUGUCGGUUUAUAUAGCAACGAUAUUCGUGAAAAUGUGAAGAUAUCUUUACUCUCUUUCUCCUUUAACAGUCAGUCAUGACUUGUGCCAUAAAAAGACUUUAUAGAAUAACUUUUGAUUCAUUUCUUCAACAGUGUAAUUGUCCAUUUUAAAAGCAAAAAGUUUUAAUUUAGUUUUUUGAACGAAGGGAUAUGCAUUGAUCCAAAAUAACAGAAAUAAUUGGUGUUGCCCUAAAAACGUUCAACAAAAAUCACGUUUGUUUUAACUGAGAAGCGGAGACAAUGGAUUUAACAAGUAUUUAUUUUGCUGUAUUUAUUUUCCUGCUCAUCAACCUUCUAUACACAUGAACGAAACAAUCAACCACAGCACUUAAGGUUAUGCUUUCCUGGGACUCGACAGUAAAUAUUAUUGGUGUAUUUUCCAACAUUUUUCUCAGCAUCAAAUAUUACACUUCAAACCUGCAGAUGAUUUUUUGGGCUGUCAGGGUGGGCGAUGGGGGGCUGUUGGAUUUGAUGUACGAUGCAACAUUUGAUUAAACAAUUUUCAUUAAUCAUUUCGUGCGUAAAUGUGCUUUUGUUUGU